GACACCGGCCUUUCCGUUCCCCGAGUCCCACUUUUCCCCACGAGAAGCCCGUUGAGCAGAAGAAGAAGACUCAUGGCGAUGGCACCCAAAACCCUAGCAAUGCCCUAGACUUGACUAGAUAGCGGAAGCCUGAAGGAAGGAAGGAAGGUGGGAGGUAUGGGUUCGAAAUCCAACACGGAGAGGGCGAGGAGGGCGCUGGACGCCAUGAAGCAGCUGGGUUUCUCCAAGAAGGAGGCCACUCCUGUCCUCAAGAACCUCCUCAGGCUCUUCGGCAACAACUGGGAGCCCAUCGAGGAUGAGUGCUACCGCGCCCUCGCCGACGCCAUCCUCGACCGCCACCAGGAGACCGCGCCCCAAGCCGCCGAUAUUGGGGAUCAGGAGGACCGGGAGCUUGGCGGCUGCAGUGCCACGCCGGACGAAGCCGUCUGUGGUGGUUCGCGUGUUGCGGAUAACGAUACCGACGAACCUCUCACCAAGAAGCCAAGGACCAACUCAACUGAUUUAGUGACGCGCCAGAGGGGCACCUCUCAUCAUCCUCAAUCGCCGCAUCCAUCCCUUGCGGAUGACCAAGAUGCUACUGCCGCUAUCUCACCCCAAGCCCAUGGUGGAUCUCCUCAAUUCCGUCCACAAACCAAGGCCUCCGUACGACUUUCUGUUACAGCACCCAAGAGGCCAAGACAAAUGAUGGAUGAAGAUUUCCAACACACUGCAUUCCUCAAGGAGCCUAAGCCUGAACCCGAUAUGGACGCCAGACAAGGCGCCGCUGUUACAUCAGACUGCCCAAAUUCCCAACCUGGCCUAAUCGACUAUCCGCUCAAUGCCAGCUCCUCAAGGGUCACACUUCCUCUGGCAUUGCCUCCACCUGAUCAAAAUGUUCCACAGAUUUCAGGUCUGAAAAAAGGGACAAUUCAGUCUUGUUGCAUGGUGAACACUGGGAAAGGAUCUUCAGUUGAAAGCAUGCAGGAAGCAGCUUGUUUGAAUAUUAAUGUAGCAUCAUCCACUAUGGGUGAGGUCAAAAUGUCACUAAAAUGCAGUGCUGUCCCAAAGUUCCGCAUGCCUUCUUUAGAAGCAGUUUUCAAGAUGGUGGAGGAUAAAUAUCUUCACUCAUACAAGAUUCUGCCUCCUGAAUUUUCUAUUGGUAGCCUUAUGAAUGAGAUAUGCCAGUGUGUUGUACAACUAGGGAGCGAUCAUACUGCGGAACAUAACACAGAAUCAGAAAUUGCUGGCAAUGGGAGAAGCUCACAAAACGAGUCAAUAACAGGUAACAUUCCAUUUGUGAAGCCAAUAGCAUGUGAGAAUGCUGGAAACAGGAAAUGUAAAUCUGCAGGAGAAUCAUUUAUUGUGGAAGGCUCAGGGAAUUCAACUAUUGCUAACCAGCAGCCUCAUUUGGCACUUGCCAACUUGAAGCCUAUCCAUGAUGUAACUGAUAUAUCCAAGGGAGAAGAGAGAGUGAGGAUAUCAGUGGUCAAUGAAUUUGCAAGUGAGAAAUGUCCGCCUUCCUUUUAUUAUAUACGAGGGAACCUUGUUUUUCAAAAUGCUUAUGUAAACAUCUCCGUCGCAAGAAUUGGUGAUGAAGAUUGUUGUGCUGAUUGCUUUGGUAACUGCUUGUCUGCACCUAUACCAUGUGCUUGCGCAAGAGAAACUGGGGGUGAAUAUGCAUAUACAGUAGAAGGUUUGGUUAGGAAAACAUUCCUUGAUGAAUGUGUCUCUAUGAAUCGUUUUCCAGAAAAACAUCACAAGUUUUUCUGUACAACAUCUUGCCCAUUUGAGAGAUCUAGGAAUGAAUCUUCACCAGAGCCUUGCAGAGGGCACCUUGCUAGGAAGUUUAUCAAGGAAUGCUGGAGUAAAUGUGGUUGUAACAUGCAAUGUGGUAACCGUGUGGUUCAACGUGGCAUCACAUGCAAUCUGCAGGUAUUUUUCUCAGGAGAAGGGAAGGGUUGGGGUCUUCGCACUCUUGAUGAACUACCAAAAGGAGCCUUUGUUUGUGAAUAUGUUGGAGAAGUAUUAACAAACACAGAACUGCAUGAAAGGACACUUCAAAACAUGAGCAAUGGUAGGCACACCUUCCCUGUUCUUUUGGAUGCUGAUUGGGGUUCUGAAGGUGUAAUGAAAGAUGAGGAAGCUUUAUCCCUGGAUUCAACAUUUUAUGGGAAUGUUGGGAGAUUUAUCAACCAUAGAUGCUUUGAUGCGAACUUAGUUGAGAUUCCUGUUGAAGUGGAGACGCCUGAUCAUCAUUAUUAUCAUCUUGCAUUAUUCACAACCAAGAAGGUGGAGCCAUUUGAGGAGCUCACAUGGGAUUAUGGUAUUGAUUUUGAUGAUGGCAAAGAUCCUGCCAAAGCAUUUCAAUGUCUAUGUGGAAGCAGAUAUUGCCGCGGUACAAGGCAUCCGAGGAAACGAGGGAAAGCUGCCGCAAAAUGAUCGAGGGAGAUUUAGUAGAAGAUUCGGUGUACUAAACUAAUAUCGUAGUUUAGCUACUACAAUCCAGUCUCUGUUUAAAACGAGAACGAUGCUUUUGGCUUGUAAAAUGCUGCCGAGACAACCAGGUACCUAUCCUUAGGGCAUCAAGUGCUUAUGUGGUGAUUACGUUAAAUGGAGCUUUCUUCACACACCUUAUCUCAACCUAUCACAAAUAUUAUCUAUUUACUUUUUCUCACAUGCGUUCUAUU